AUGCAUUCAUGUGUUGCGCGAAUCCGUUCAUUCGAUGACUUCGAAAAAAACCAGCAAAUCCGCUUCGGAGUGGGUAACCGACGCACGCACCCUCAGCAAUACGUAAAACUAGCGCCGGCCAGCCUGUGUUCAUGUUUUCAGCGUGACAGACCAUGAACUGUCUUUCUUCUCUGCUACUGCUUUGCUCUGCCCAACUUUCAGCACAGACCUUGCCUUGCCGUGUUCAGAUCCCAUUCCACGGAAGCAAAACAGACAGGCGGCCAGGCAGCCUCACCUCAUGUCUUCUAGGCAGUUUCUUCGCCCGGAUAUCACCCCUUUCAGCGAGUGCAGCCCUCCCCUUUUCUUAUCUCUGGUCUCAUCCAGUUCACAUUCGCCAGUGUCUUCGAAGAAGAAGAAGGUUUCGCAUGUGUCGCUGGUCAUACACAAUUCGGCACACUCAUUGACGGCAGCCAUGUCCACAACAGCACUUCCUGCCCCGGACUUAGGUCUGUCCAUGUGUUCUCGCCUCCCGAUGUCGGGCUGGUAGCAGCUGCAGGGCACCGCAGUCGCGGGAGGGGACAGAACACCAGCAUAGCCCGGCUCAUCAUAGGAUGACAGGAUCAUGGGCACUGAGGAGGAGCAGAGAUACAGAUCCUGAGGCGUGGGGUAGGCACGGUACACAUUCUCGCCCACCUUCGAGUGUCUUUGACGCUCGAAGUAGCUCGUCGUCGCCCUUGACGGGCACCACACGCACAUACAAGUCCGCAGACGAGGUGUCACUGUUAGGCGUCACAGUGAAGUUCUCCGCCGCCAUGGCGUCUACAAGCUCCUGCAGUGUGAUGAUCUCCUCGAAUGCCGUCUUGUCGCGCUCAAUAAGGGGCUUGUCGAGAGGAACAUCUCUGUCGGUACCCACAUACAGGCGCCACUUGUUGAUGCCUUCAUUAGAGGAGAAUAUCCGAAAAGACGGAGAGGUGGAGGGAAAUACAGAGGUGAUUGCCGGCACGUACCUGUAACCCCAUUGAACGAAAAGUGGAGGGUCCAGUCCUGCAGCUGGUCAAUCGACCCGUUACGUGUCGAGGCUUCCCCGUUUGCGUCGCUGCAGAGAAGGAGUCGCGGCGCUUCAGUCGAAGAGCCUUCCCAGGGGUGCAAAAGCGGUCGAUGACCACGAAGGCCCUCGAAUUCGCGGACUAUGCGGGGGUUGUCUUCAUAUGUCACUUCAGUGAAGAAAGGCCCUGUAUAGCCCCAGCCAAUCAGCAUCGUCGCAGGUUGGCCUCUAAAGGAGAGAGAGAGAGAGAGAGGCAGGCUCCAAGCCGCAAUUGGACAAGAACACAUCUACCACCUUCCGUUGUCGAUCAUCUGGAGCCCACCACAACAUUUGCUCUUCAGCCUGGACACAAGGAAAAGACACGAAUGGCGCUGCUUUUGUGCGCCCGCGAGUGUGAUAUACCCAGAUGGGUGCGAAAAGGACCACACUUUCGUGGCGGUCAUUUGAUCCAGGUCCAGCUGCAGCUCGAGCACCCGAGAGGGCCGCGGCGACCCGUGCUUCACAUGGCGUCCGUUAUCAUACCUGUCACAACCGCAUACAUUCAUCUGCAUAUAGUGCAGACAACACAAAUCAUUUGGUCCCCUGACAUGAUGAUGUUCCCAUUAAAGAGUUGGUGAGCAUCGUGCUGGCCGAAGAAGGGAGGAUCCAUGUCAUCGCCGACGAAGGUAAAAUCACUGCGUAGCAGAUAUGAAAUGCAUGGGAGCAAACAUCAACCGCUUGCGUUGACAUACCUUGUCUUGCCCCCCAAGCGCCAAAGGAUCUUACCGGUCUUGCCGCUGAGCAAGACGAUCAGUCCGCAGCCGUGGAAUGAGAGGAUCAGAUUGCCUAAACGCACAUGACCAAAAUAAGUGGUCAAACUACAUGCGGUAUGCCGAGCGGUCUUCUUUACCAUCGGGUGUUCGCUGAGCGUUGUUGAUAUGAUAGUACUGGCACAAACAUGCUCAAAGACAGACGAUUGCAUAAACAAUUUUGUUUCUGAGAUAGGUGUACAUCGUUUGGGCUUUCUCUUAGGUCCAUCAGCACGGGAUCGGCUUCUUGCACAAAGUCAUCGAUCGUCCGCCAUUCGAGCACUACAUUCCUGUCAGCGUCCAGAACCUGCACUACUGGAGACAAGAACCCGGAAAGACGUGUGCGUACUGGAUGAAGAGUCUCACCGUUAUGUAUGACGCCGUCGGUCCUGGUGAGCGCUGCCAGAAUCGUGUUGCCAUAAUCGAAAAAUAUGCUAUGGCCGUCUAAUUUAUAGCCAUGGCCUGAAAUGAUGAAUCUGCAAGUAGACCAAGGUUGGGAUUCACCAUUUGCGUACCGGGAUUGUGCCUAGCGACAGCCUGGUAUGUGGAGUUGAGCUCGUAUGCCUUGAGGCUGGUGUCUUCUGGUCUAGUGUCCCACACUGCCACAUGGCCAGUCGGCGCCACACCCAGCACACCCGCCGCGAACGUAGAUGUGUGAGUCCACCAUACUAAGACACCCUGCACACAUACGUGAAAGAAUAACCAAGAAUCUACAAACACGUGUUCGUGAUGUGAUCACUUUGUUUACAUCACGUGUAGUGAUGAUAUGCUGGCCUGCAUGUUCUCCCCUUGCGUGCCCGACACCAAAAAAAUAGAGGUCUCCUUCUGCGCCAGUCGCAUCAUUCCUCUCGUCCACGGCGGCCUUCUCGCCCUCGGGAGAUGGCUUCAACUUGGCAGCCCAUGUUGGCAGUGUGCGGUAGCGAUCCAUCGGUGUGGGCCCCUUAAGCCCUUCCUGCUCGUCUGGCUGCUCGCUCUCCCGAUCCAAAUAGUCGAACUUAGCUGGAACGCUCGCUGCCUUGUACUUCGUUCGUAUCCGAAAGCUCCACUCGUAGGGGCCUGCCUCACGCUCAGUGAAAUUCUCAGAGCGUCGCACGCGCAGGCCGGGACCGAACUUAACGGUGACCUUCUCGUUUUCGACGAAAGGCCGGCCAGCAUAGAAGACCACUGUUUUGUUGUCGCGGGCCAACACAACCGUUCCCUUGACAAGGCCACUUUCUUGUCCAGUGACGUUGAAGAGGCCGUACAAGUCGGCUGGAAUGACCUCUUCGCCUUCUCUGAUGGCGAUGGAAGUCAACUCCGACACGUGCAGCGCAUCUGCACGAGGAUGGAUGUACUCAUACUGUCCGUCGCCAUACGGCCUAACGGCACCCUCCACGAUAAACCGCUUCUGAAUCACUUCGAGCGCUGACGCAGGCGGACUCAACAUGCACAGCAUGCCGAGGCUGAUGCCCAGCGUAUACCUCCCUCCUGCAGAAAAGACCACCAUAACACUACGAGGCUACAGAAGCGGGAAGGAUCCCUGUCGCGCGCUUGCCGUUUCUCGACAAUCCGGCUGACACCGGAAAAAGGAAGCGCUGCUGGCAACUACAUAAGAUGUCCGCGAAUUGGGCUGUGCCAAUUUGCGGCAGACAAAACGUUCGAUCAGGAUCGUAUGGAAGAGAAAAGGAAAAACGGUAGCGGUGAUGUGUUGCUUCCAGUACUACAGACACGUCAAUAUCAUCAUCAUCAUGACCAUCCCACGGACCACUAGAC